CUAUCUAUCUAUUUUUCAUCAUUUAAUCCGUUGGAUUAUUUCAGAUUAAAAUCACAAAUUUUGGAGUUUCACUAAAGGUGUUUUAUCUCAAGUGAACUCCUCUUCAUUCCUGUUUCCACACUAUCCGUUCAUCUCCAGUCUGUCUAGCAAUCCCCCCUGUGAAAACUGGGGUGCCUAGAAAGUGGGGACAGCGCCAUGGUAACUCAAAGCAAGUGCAACUCCACCAUGAGCAACAAAUUCCUGGACACCAAAUCACGGGUGUACCACUUCAAGACCUUCUCCUCCAGGGCGCAGUACCAGAUGGUCAUUGCGACGUACAAAAAGCUUUUAGACUGUGGGUUUUACUGGAGCACCAUCUCCGGCAAGGAGGCCAACGCUUUGCUGGAAAAGGAAAGAACUGGCACCUUCCUCAUCCGGGACAGCUCUGAUAACAGACACCUGUUCACCCUCAGCGUCAAGACGGUGGUUGGGCCCAAGAGUGUGCGCAUCAAGUGUGACUCAAAUGCUUUUUACCUGCAGUCGGACACAAACAACACUCUGGCUGUUCCUCGCUUUGACUGUAUCCUCAAACUGAUUGAGUUCUACAUGCCCCGCGUCAGUGGGGGAUGUGUGAUCUACUACAUUCACAAUGCAGGGGAGAAGAUCCCCUUGGAUCUCAGACGGCCUUAUAGCUGUAACUUGUCUACCUUGCAGCACCUCUGCAGGAGAACAGUCAAUAGUCAUUCAGACAUUUCUUCUAAAAAAGAUGAACUUCCUCAGACUAUUAGAGAUUUCCUGCAGGAGUAUGAUGCUUCCAUCUAAGCUGCUGGACUGACGCCAUGAAGGGGGUUAACUGAAACAAACAAAGCCAGCAAAGAGGCGCGAGGACUGGCAUCGUGUCAGGGGAGUGACAAUGCAGUAGACAAGACAGAACCAAACUCUGUCUGAAGAUAUGAGCCGCUCUGACAGAAACAGCUCAAAAGCAGCGCUGAGACGUGGUGGUUUCUGUCCUCUGCCUUGGUGAUCACCCACAACUCCCCAUAAACCCAAGCCAGACUCACAGUCAGUCAGUCAGCUGUCUCCAAGACAACGACGCUGCUAGUUCAAGUGCUGUGAAGCCGGGAGGCUCACAGCCAACCGAGACUGUUUGAAACGAUGGCUGAAAGUUUUACGGAGAGAAGAUGUGGCUUCACGGGCUGCUACAGAAGAAAGGGAUUAUGCCAAAAUUGUCAGAACAAGACACCAGUAUGUUGAAAGAUCAACAUGACUGAAUCCACAUGGAGAAAGCGUUAUGCCAAUAAGUCAAAAAUAAAAGACCUCCUAAAAUGUGGUAGUAUUUUUGUGGCACAGGCAGGAUGGCCACAAAUGAAUGUAUCACACUUGGUUUAUGUCUUUUUCAUAUAUAUAAAGAGAGUAGUACUUUGCUCUCCUUUAACAUGUUUACAUUAUGAAAUUUUGAAUCUGUUGUGCUGUCUUUCAUAAAGAUGGAUUCUUGCCAGCCAACAACCUGGCUGUGUGAGCUUGAAGUUAUCUGAGAAGUUUGACGAAGCAAGCAGACUGAUACAACUUUGCACUUAUUUAUAUCUGUGUGAGCAUUUCCUUAAUUUAUAAUAAAACAUUAUUGUUUUGUAC